GACCAAUGUUUCCCACUCGGGUUUAGGGUUUAGACCAGCUGGGGUUAAUUUCCGCUCGGUUGCGGCAGUUUAUACAAAACAGCACUUAACUUUUCUCCGCCGACAGCCGUCGUCAUGUCCAACAACAAUGCCAGCAACAACUUAAUUAUCGCUCAGAGGGCGGUGAAGCAGCUCCGGUUAGAGGCCAGUAUCCGGAGGAUCAAGGUGUCCCAGGCUGCCGCUGAUCUGAAAAACUUCUGUCUGCAAAAUGCCUCCAAGGACCCUCUCCUGGUCGGGGUCCCCUCCAGUGAUAAUCCCUUCAGACCCCCUAAGUCCUGCUCCCUGUUCUGAGAAACAUGGAGGAUUUCUGAAUUUAUCCGUCAAAGGCUUUCUACUUCUACGUGAUGUCUCUGUAGAUCUGCCAGCUCCUCUUGGGAUGGUGCAACAUUGUAAUGAUGGAUUUGGGUGUGGGGGGUGGGGGAGGGGGGGUCCACUUGUUUGCCAAAACUUAUGGUAUCUUAACUCCCAUCUGUUACAUUAAAGCAGGGCCAAACUCUACAUGUUAAAAAAAAUGUUAUUGUCAGUGGCCUGACUAAUGAUUAAGCUGUUCUUGGUUUACCUAGCACUAAACAUGUCCAGUCUCAAUUUACUGACUGAACAUCGUCUGUCUCCUGUCAAUGAAAUUCAGUCCAUGGGAUUGGCUACUGAAAGUACAACUUCCUCUUGUAUUUUGUGUGGUACAAUCAAAUAUUAAUUUAAACCUGGUGCUGCUCAAGAGUAAGAAUGUGUGUUAUAUAUACAACUUUACAAUUCUACAAAACACUAACUGUGUAUGUGGCCAACAGCUUCUCAGCUAAAAUGAUUGGUGACUUAAACUACUCAUAUACAGUAUUUGUAGCAGUCGUACUACUAUUCUGAGGUACUGCAACAUGGUACAGACAUUUAACCCUUUCAGUGCAGGUUAUGUGUUUGUUGAUUAACUGUUCAUCCUGUCCUUUUUCUGUAUAUAUUUAACAUCCUGUUGAGGUUGAUUUUAUUAGCCUAUAUCUGUUCCUGUCUUUAAUUUAAAAAAAAAAAAAAUAUAUAUAUAUACACUACUACGCCUUACACUACUUUGAUAGUGAAAGCUGGUAGUAAAUUUAAUGUACAUCACUUUAGAUCCGUAAAUAUUCAUAUCUAUUCAAAACUUCCAAAUAUUGUUUGUAUUUAAUGAAUCAUGCUGCAGUGACUUGUUGCAUAAAUUGAUUUCCACACUGGAAUCUUGUUCCAACCAAAACUUGUACUACUGUUAGUGUUUAUCUUUCUUAACUUUGCUACUGUGGGCAAACUUUUAGAAAUUAAAUUACUUUUUUGGACACUG